AAUCUGGCUACUCGGUUCAGCCGUGGCCCAAAAACAAAGCGAAAGUGAAAAAAUAUUGUGCUGUGCAGAUAGCGGAGCGUCAAAGACUGGAGAACUUCUGUGGUAGAUCAAAAAAUUCUUCAUUUAUAAAAUUUUUUCUUGAAAUACCUCUAGUACUGAAAUGGCUCGCGGGCACCAAAAAAUUCAAUCUCAACAGAAAGCUCAAGAGAAGGCGGCCAAACUGAAGAAACAACAGGGACAUGGAUUAAGUGACCAGAUGAAGGCCGCCCAGAAAGCGCUGGUAUAUUCAUGUGUUGUCUGUAAAUCCCAGAUACCAGAUCCCAAAACAUACAAGCAGCAUUUUGAGAACAAGCAUUCCAAGCUGGAACUUCCAGCCGACCUAAAAGAUAUUUAACCGGAUCUUUUCAAAGUGGAAACAAGCGAAUGCGUGCGGCAGCGGUGGAGAGAGAUACAGAGACACCAAGAACUUAAGCUGAAUAGAGACGAUUCCACAGGUUGUUUUUACUAGUUUUUAAUUUUAUUUUUAUGUUCGUUCAGAUUUGUAUGUACUUGUAAAUAAUUCCAGCGAAAUUAACUGGUCGGCAGAUUGUGGUUAAAAACAGGGUUUAAUGAUCCUUUGUCGUACCUGACAUGUAAAUUGCUGGUUGGAAGCUACGUGCAAAUUUUAUACCACGAGUAUUCAAUAAAAAUAUAAAUGUA